CAUCAAAUUUAGCUCUCAAAUAUAUAUAUACAUAAGAGUUAUAUGUGAUAUAUAUCUAAAUUUCCCAAUUUUAUAUGUACCGGAAGCAAAUAAGACCCCGCUCAUCUCCCAUACAUGACAUCCAGUGCUCUUGUGUGGCUCUGCUUACGCCAAAAGCUCCAUUGAUUCCCCAAUCAGAAAAAUGAGAAAGUUCAAUGAAGACGACGAGAAUCAACAUCUCGAGCUCCUCAAAUCCGUCGCACAGGCCUGGCACGCUCGCGUCGGCGAUUCCAAUCCCACCAACGAGCUCGACGCCGCAGGCCGCGCCGCCCGCUCUCCUCUCCGCCGCCCCUCCCGUUUCAAACUCGAGGCCGCCGCCGCCGCCUCCAAGACUGGACCUUUAUGGGAUUUCAGCCGUUCGCUGUGGGAUGCCUAUGAGAUUGUCACCAUUGCCAAGCAGCUCGAGGUCUGCAACCUUACCUUAGACCAGCAGAUGCCGUCGCCGUCGUACGGCGGCGGUGGGAGGCAGAAAGGGAAGCGGAGAUGGGAGAGUAAGAAUAGCUUGAGGAAUUUGUUUAAUAAGGCGGGUUCUAGGAGAUUUGAUGGGAGAGAUCUUCCGGAAGAAGGAGAGUAGGAGUAUAUUUCUUGACAAUGUUAAA